AUGGCGAUGUUGUUUAGUUUAAUACUACUACUUGUGAACUUGCAAAAAAUUGUCUGUCAUAUCGAAAAAGACUUGCCAUUGUUGUUAAUUUCUUUUGAUGGAUUUCGAUGGGACUACCUCUCGAGAACAGACACCCCAAAUUUUGAUAGAAUUAUAAAGAAUGGCGUUACUGCAAAACAGGGGAUUAAAAGUGUUUUUGUCACAAACACACUGCCCAACCACUGGUCAUUGGUGACUGGCUUAUACACUGAAAGCCACGGUGUUUUAGAUAACUACAUUAAAGACCCUAGGAUCUCUAAAGCUUUUCUGCCAAAGUACAAAGAUGCCAACUAUCAGAACGAUCCUAGAUACUACGACGACGGUGCGGAGCCUAUAUGGGUAGCAAAUCAAUUACAAAAACAAGGACGAAGUGGCAGUGUGAUGUGGUGGGGCAGCGAAAACCCAGUCAAGUGGGUGAGACCAACAUAUCAGAUGCCAUAUAAUGACGCCAUUUCAUCAUCUGAGAAAGUAGACACUAUGAUUCAGUGGCUUACAGGAGAAUACCCUGUGAAUUUAGGCUUGGUGUAUUUCCCUGAACCAGACCACACUGCUCAUAUGUCAGGGCCAGAGUCGGCAGAUGUCACAGAACAAAUUAGUAUUGCAGACAGCAUCGUAGGUUAUCUGUUAGACAAGCUGGAGAAGAAGGGUCUGCUGGAUGAUAUUAACAUUAUUAUAACCAGCGAUCAUGGAUUUACCAAUGUCUCUGCCAGUCGGUUGAUACAGCUGGAGUCUAUAGUUUCUAGCAGUGAUUACGAGUUACUUACUGAAAGCCCAGUAGCAUCAAUUUUUCCUGUUGAUGGUCAACUGGAGAGUGUCUAUUCAAAACUGAAAGCAAAUGCCACUUCUGCAGACAGUCACUUUAAAGUUUACAAGGCAGAAGAGAUACCAGAGAGGUUCCACUACAAGAAUCACCCGAGGCGGGUGCCGCCAAUCAUCGCCAUAGCUGACCUAGGUUACUCUUUUGUGUCUAACACAUCCCGUGAAUUUACUCUUGCCGGUAGCCAUGGUUAUGACAACGACUAUCAAGACAUGCAUCCAUUUUUUGUGGCAAUGGGACCUUCGUUCAGGCAGGGGUUUUCUGUCGACACCUUUAAUACUGUGGAUGUUUACCCGCUGAUGUGCCACCUGCUCCAUCUGAAGCCGGCUCCAAACAAUGGCAGUAUGGAAGUGGUGGCGCUGCUGUUGCGAGAGAAUGAGGAGAAUACAAUGUGGACUUUUGGAACAUACAUUCUUGUUCUCAUUACAACUGCUAGUGUUGGCAGUGUCUUCUCCGUGGCUGCUUGCCGUCAGCAUCGCUACCUGAAACGGAAAAUUAUUCAGCUUAAACUGUCACCAGCCCAGGCCACAAUCAAGUACUCCCUACCUGGGAAAGGAGGUGUGCAAGCUUCUCUUCUGUCGGCCGAGGAUGAUGAGGAUGAAGAUGAUUUUGAUGAUGCUAAUGACGGGGACAAUAUAUUAGAGAUUGUUAGUAAAAGAUGA